GCUCACUGUGUGUUAGGAACUGUCUUUGAGACGACGGCUAGAACACCACACAAUAUGCCAAAAUGGCUGACCUACACAUCACCACUUACGCAAGCUCAAGUCAACACCGGACUUGCCAUGUAUUAUACCAUGAUGGCGAUCAUUGGCGACAAGGGCAGCUCCGCCUUCUUUGUUCUUCUGUCCAUGGCCCUUACAAGCACGGUUUCAUCAUCCAUGGCUGCAGUAAGCAGCCUCCUCUCCUUUAAUGUGUACACAACAUAUAUCAAACCGCGUGUCUCGGACAAUUGUCUAGUGAAAGUGAGCCAAGUCAUUGCUUUGGUGCUCAGCUGUGGUGGCGCCAAUAUGACAUGGAUUGGAUACUUCCGCCUCAUCCUUUCGUGCCUUGGUAUUAUCGCUCGCGCUCACUCUGCCUUGAUCCUGCCCAACUCGCCUUGCAGCCGUGAUUCCGCCUAUCCUAGGCUUAUUCAUAGGCUGCUUGAUUUGACUUAG